CAAAUCAUUGCAUGCUCGGUUAGACAAUGGCGCCCAAGUUAUCUUUCUGGCCAUCUCCCACCUCUCAAUAACGGUAAUAUGGCAAGAGUGGCCGAUGACUAAAGGUCUCGCACGUGAUCUUGACUCACGUGAAGAUAGUCACAUAAACAAAAGUCUUAUCGAGAAAAAUAAUUUGAAACGAAAUGCGGAGUGGUGGAAAUUCUUCCUGCGCAACUUGUACAAUUUCCAGACAUUGAAGAGACACCCUUGGAUGGUCCGGGACGCACACAGACAAGCAUCCUGAAUCACAAUGUCAAAAAGACAGGCAGAUGACCAGGAGAACCUGGAAUCAUUGAAAGCAGGACAACGACCAGACGGCGAUGCCAAUGGUGAAUCCACUCUCGACUUCGAAGAUGAGUUCGAAGAUGAAUACGAGUCCGAGGACGAGAUCAUGGAAGCCGGUGUCGACGGCCGUCCAGAUGCAGAAAGAGAAGCAGAGCAGGCGCAGGACGUGAUGGAUGUGGACACAAACCAGCAGACCUUCAUACCUGGGCGAUCAAUAUUGCAGCCAGGAAUGACCCUAACACCCGAUCCUUCUACCUACGAGAUGCUGCAUGUCCUGUCCGCAACCUGGCCCUGUCUGUCCUUCGAUAUCGUCCGUGAUAACCUGGGCGACCAAAGAAAACAAUACCCGAGAACGCUGUACGCCGUGGCAGGAACUCAAGCGGAGUCGUCAAGGGCGAAAGAGAAUGAGUUGUACAUUCUGCGUCUGAGCAGCCUUUCCAAGAUGGAUCGAGGCAAUCAGUCAGAUUCGGAAAGUGAUGAUGAUGACUCGGACAACGAGGGGUCCUCGGACCCUGUCCUCGAGUCCAGAUCAAUACCUCUCCCCAGCACGACGAACAGAAUACGGUCUUUCCAACCUGCAAAUGCAUCAACGGAUCCUACACAAAUACCACAAACAUUAACGGCCACAUCACUCGAGAGCGGCGAAAUCCUCAUCCACGAUGUCUCGCCUUACCUGCAAUCACUUGCUACGCCAGGUUUCACCAUUCCUCCAAACGCCUCCAAACCACUCAGUACUGUACGGAUGCACAAGACGGAAGGCUACGCGCUUGAUUGGGCCUCGAGCUCAUUACAUCCCAAUGGUCGGCUACUAUCGGGCGAUAAUGCAGGUCAGAUAUUCAACACGGAACGAAGGGAGGGAGGCGGCUGGUCAACCGACAGCAGGCCGUUCGUAGGCCACACCGACGCGGUUGAAGAGCUGCAGUGGUCCCCCAACGAGAAGUUCGUGUUUGCAUCCGCAAGCUCCGACGGUACUGUGAAGGUCUGGGAUGCACGUAGUAAGAGUCGCAAAGCAGUGGUGGAUGUCAAGAUCAGCAACACAGAUGUCAACGUCAUGUCCUGGUCACGACAGACAUUCCAUUUGUUAGCUACUGGUGCCGAUGAUGGUCGGUGGGCGGUAUGGGAUCUACGACAGUGGAAGCCUCAGUCUGGCGGUGGACAAGUCAAGCCUAGUCCUGUUGCCGACUUCAACUUCCACAAGGCACCUAUCACAUCAAUCGAAUGGCAUCCAACGGACGACAGUGUGGUGGCUGUGGCUUGCGCAGACAAUACGGCCACUCUCUGGGAUUUGGCUGUCGAGUUGGACGAUGAAGAGUAUGGUAGGGAGACGGGAUUGGGAUUGGGUGAAGGCGCUGAAAAGGUUCCUCCUCAAUUACUGUUCAUUCACCACGUUGAAGACGGGAAAGAAGUCCACUGGCACCCGCAAAUGCCCGGCACAGUAAUGGUCACUGGUGGAAGUGGUUUCGGUGUUUUCAAGACGAUCAGCGUUUGAGCAUGGUGAAUAGCAACGCCACCGCCUUUUCAAUUAAUGCCAAACUCAUGAACACAAUACCAAUUCCUGGAAGCAUCUUCACCACCAAGCGCGUGAAUCGCGUCGAGGCAGUGGACUCUUCUGCCUCUUCCAUCGAAGCUGCCUUCCCUCACUCAUGUCACGAAAUCAUGUCAACCGUCGCACCUGCUCGACCUGAUCUUUCCAUAUCAUCCUCCUUCUUCUCGCGUUUGCCUCAAAGCAACCAUAAGAUCCGCCCGCACCUGUGACGCCGACCAUA